AUGAAUCUUCAUCCCAAACAUACCUACAGUGUUUUUCCGUUUAGUUCUGACAAAAACAACAACAAUGAUGAAUUAAGAACUCUGACCACUACUCGACGGAAUACACAAGCCACUCCGAUCUCGACCACCCUCCUCAAGAGAUCAACGAUUCCGGAUAGCCGCCAUACUUUGCCGAGCGAUCUACUCCGAAACCAAAAACCAGCGCUGCCGCGGUCUCCGAUUCAGACCGAUCGCCACAACCGCAUAGAUCCGACCACCAUUGUGUUACUCUACAGGUUUUUUGUCCUUUUCCUUUUGUUUAUGUGGAUUUUGACGUAA